AUUCGGUGGUUGUUGAUGAGGUUGAUGUCUUAGCCCAGCAAAAAUUUAGGGCUAAGCUUGAGAUCAGCAUUUUUGGUCUUGCUCCUGGUUCCGAGAGCAGUAUCUUCGGACGCCGCGCUCUGAUGCUUUAUUAUUCAGCCAGGUGUUGCCCUGUGAGACUUGUUGCGGGCAUUGGAAAGAUGAGGUGACAAUUCCCUCUAAAUGCCUCUACCUUAACAUCUGCCCAAGGCUACUCGUGGACUUGUCUGGGCUCCAGACAUGAGCAGAGUGGCCUCUCAGGAGAUAGCUGGCAAGUACGGCUUGUGUGGAGCAUCACGGGCUAGCGGUGAAGGCGGUGGUGGUGGAAAUGAGCCUAGCCUUCAGCGGCAACUGGAAGAACUCAAGCGUAAGCUCAAGGAGGACAUGCGCAAAGAGCUGAAGAUAAAAGAGGGUGCUGAAAACCUGCGCAAGGCAACCACCGACCGCAAGAGCCUGGCCCAUGUGAACUCCAUUGUCAAGAAAGCCAAUUCGCGCCUCAAUGACCUGCAGCGGCAACUCAGUGACCUCACUGCUGAUAUUCUGGUCACCCAGGGGCACCCGUCACCCGAAGGUGUGCAGCCACUUUCGACGGAGUCCUUCUAUGGUGACAAGGGGGAUGUGCCACUUUCAACGACAGACCAGCGGUUGCAGUCACUAGAGAAGCAGCUGAAUAUUGAGCUGAAAGUAAAGCAGGGUGCUGAAAACAUGCUGCAGAUGUACAGCUCCGGCCCUUCCAAGGACCGCAAGAUGCUGGCCGAGGCACAGCAGAUGCAAGCAGACUCAAAAGUCAAGAUUGACUACAUCCGCAUGAUGAUGGCUCGACUGCGGCAGAACCAGGAUAGCCAUAAUAAGGAAGCUGGUGAAGGCUGCUCAAACAACCACCUGGACAAUACCACUGGAGGCAAGAUAUCCGAGGUUAUGUCACCUGUAGAGCUUCAGAUAGAAGACCUCCGUCAUCGGCUCAAGGUAGAGUGUGCUGUUGUGGAAGGAGCGAAGAAUGUGCUCAAGCUAUGUCAGGCUGCAGGAAAAGUCACUGAUCGUAAAGUCUUCCAAGAGGCACAGAACAGUUUAGUUGAAUCCAGUGAGAAGCUUGAUUUGGUUCGCCGGUCACUGGAACUGAAGCGUGCAGAACUGUCACCAGGCAGUGCCAAGUGGCAAUUGCUCAAGCGCGAGUUGGAAUCUAGCCAGCUGGUAAACCCUUACUCGCCAUCCAUAGUGCCACAUGGGCCCCGAACUGAGAAGCCAGGCUUGCCAGCAUCUCCGCUAAGCCCAUUGGCAGCCAGCCCGAGCGUUCCCCUCUCAAAGCCAGCUUCUGUCACGGGUCAGCUUCAAGUCAGGCUGAUGGGCUGUCAGGGCUUGCUGGAAGAUGUUCCAGGUCGGCUGCCUCGAGCGCAAGUGGCAGGAAUGGGAGCCGAUUUACGCAGCAGCCUUGUUCGAGCCACAGGUCGAGGCUUCUCAGGGCGCAACUCUUCACGCUCUUACAGCAUCAAAGAGGAAACUUCUAAUGAAAUUAUGGCUGUUUUAAAGCUUGACAAUGUUCAUGUGGGCCAGACCACUUACAAGCCGUGUAGUCAGCAAGCAUGGGACCAGAGGUUCACUGUUACUCUCGAUAGGUCUCGAGAACUGGAGAUCCAGAUAUACUGGAAAGAUUGGCGUGGCAUGUGUGCUGUGAAGUUUCUCCGACUGGAAGAGUUUAUUGAUGAUGACAGGCACGGCAUGGCUCUCCAUCUGGAACCUAAGGGACUUCUCUUUGCGGAGAUUAAGUUCCUCAACCCAAUGAUCUCAAGAAAACCGCGUCUACAGCGACAGCGAAAGCUUUUUAUUCACAAAGAUAUGUUCAAGCGUAUUUUCCGAAAGAACUUUCUCCGGCCAACACAAAUGAACAUCAAUGUGGCCACUUGGGGUCGCUUGAUGAAGCGAGCUAUGCCUCCUGGCUGCUCUGACCAGGUGACAACGGUCAGCCCCCCUGAUGCACUUCUGUCUACAGCUCCGGUACCCACACCUCCUGAGCUGGACAGUCUGGUGGUAACCAAGCUCAACUUUGAAGACAGCAACGAAACUGACACGUUGAGUCCAUUGUCACCACUUCAGACAUCACUUGAAGUAGAUGUUCAGUCUGCACUUGGGGAGUUUGACUUUUUACAACAAGAGACGUCGCCAAUGGCCGUGGAGCAAAAGGCACAGCCUGCCUCCAACACUGUAACCAGUGGCCAUUCACCAAGUCCUGAGCCCAUAGUUGAACUGGCUCCCGAUGAAGAGGAGGAAGUAAAUAAACUUGGCGAGCCACUGCAGGUGACAACUGCAACGACAGUAACUGUUGUUGAAAGUACCCAGGGAUCUUUGACCCUUGAGGAUUUUGAAUUUAUAAGUGUGCUGGGGCGAGGACACUUCGGAAAGGUCAUUCUGAGCAAGCACAAAGUAUCGGGCCAAUACUUUGCCAUUAAAGCUCUAAAGAAAGGGGAUAUUGUGGCACGAGAUGAACUGGAAAGCCUUAUGGCGGAGAAACGCAUUUUUGAGGUGGCAAACUCUAUCCAGCACCCAUUCCUCGUCAACCUAUUUGCCUGCUUCCAGACUGUGAAUCAUGUGUGCUUUGUGAUGGAGUAUGCCUGCGGAGGGGACCUCAUGAUGCACAUCCAUACCGACAUUUUCCCAGAGCCUAGAGCUGCCUUUUAUGCUGCCUGUGUUGUUCUUGGACUGCAGUUUCUUCAUGAAAAUCGCAUCAUCUACAGGGAUCUCAAGCUGGACAACCUGUUGCUUGAUGCUGAGGGCUACGUGAAAUUGGCUGACUUUGGUCUGUGCAAAGAAGGCAUGGGCUAUGGAGAUCGGACAGGCACUUUCUGUGGCACACCAGAGUUUUUGGCACCUGAGGUGCUGACUGAAACUUCGUACACUCGAGCUGUCGACUGGUGGGGCUUGGGCGUCCUCGUCUUUGAAAUGCUGGUGGGCGAGAGUCCUUUUCCUGGUGAUGAUGAAGAAGAAGUGUUCGACAGCAUUGUGCAUGAUGAAGUUCGAUAUCCACGCUUCCUCUCCAUAGAGGCUGUUGCCAUUAUGCGGAGGCUGUUGAGGAAAAACCCUGAAAGACGCCUUGGCACGAGUGAGAAAGAUGCAGAGGACGUCAAGAAGCAGGCCUUUUUCAGAAACAUUAACUGGGAACAUCUGCUUCUGAAAAAGAUGAAGCCCCCGUUUGUGCCUACUGUGAAAAGCCCGGAAGACGUCAGUAACUUCGAUGAAGAGUUCACGUGUGAGCAGCCAGUCCUGACAGCGCCCAAGGAUCCCCGCCCUCUCACUCAGGAGGAGCAGGCACACUUCAAGGAUUUUACUUACACCAGCGGCUGGUGCUGAAGAGCUCCACAUGCCUCUACCUGAAAGCCUUUCCCUUCUCUUGCCGUAUCUUUCUGUCAUUAGGCAAAACCUAGAAGCGUGUGGUGCUUCUGUACACCAGGAAAUCAGCACUGAGCAUUUCAGGAAAAAGAAAGUGGGCUCAUUGUGAACAACGGCUGAGACAUCUUUAGGGAGACUGUUGAUCAAGGACAGCUGUAGAGUUUGGGGUCUGGUCGGUAGUGUGUGGCAUUAUUGCUUUGCAUUUUGUGAGCGCGUGCUGCCCGCCAGUGUGUUUAACGCCCAACAUCUGUACUGUGCUUGUGUGCUGACAGGUUUCGCAUAUGAUAUUCUCCCUUGAGUGUCCUGCGGGCAAAAAUGUGUGGCAUUCUGCUUUGUUUUUUGUGAAGUAGGGCAGCUAAGUGACAGACUUAACGUGGAUAUCUGCAGAAAAAUAAAGCAAUUAUGGGCGUGACUUUCUUUGCUGUUUCCGGAUGGUGUAAGAGGUUGACAUAAAGGCUAGCUUGACCUGCUAAGCAGCGGAGCAAAUGAAGUGCUACUAUUACUCUAUCCUUCAUAGAAACCACAACUUGUAGAAAGGUGUUCCUGGUCAUGUUGCUUAACUUAAGAAAAGCAAGUCUUAGCUUGCACAAACUGCACUCACUGGUGUGUUGUGAGUCUUGUGACAGUACUUGGCCUUACUUUGAUAUUUGUCGCACCUUCAUGAUCUCGUGUGUCAUGCCUGCUGUGGCUGUGUCCUUGAUUUUGUGUGUAAUAACUGUCAAUUAGCUGUUGUGUUACUGGUCUUGUUUUUGAAUGUUUAUCACUGCUGCGUGUUGCACUCCAGGUCACACACACACCUCAUGUAUAUCUACAGAACAGCCAUAAGCAUUAAGAUUUCUUUGCUGCUUUCACAAGAAUUUCACACAGCCCUCGAGCUGUCACAUGCAAGGGUGCUUAAAAGUCACCAUUGAGUUUUCACACUGCAAGAUUUCUCCUUAAGAUGAAGCAGUCAUGAAUUUCUCUGCAUUGGCUGGCUAUGCAUGCUGCUGUCUGAAAAGGCAGCCCCAACUAAUAAUUUUCAAGCGUUACUUGCUUGAGCUGCUUGCAGAGCCAGCUAGCCUUCCUCCAUACGUUUAGUCACUGCUGUGUCAGGCUUCAUAGCCUGUUACAUUAAUGGGCUAGUGAGGUUUGUUCAUGUAGGAGUUGGCUGCACGGUGAAGUCAUGUCGGUUAUCGCAAAUCUUCAUUGGGAAGAGUGAACUCUUCUAACCCAGUGGCAACACUGACGGAAUCUCAAAAGUUAACUGCUUCUUGUGUGCUAUUAAAAUUUAAAAGCAUAUACUCCCAUGCUGCGUGAUAUGGGUGUUGCAAGAGGUGCAGGAAUGCAAUUUUUGUGCCUUUUCUUUUCUUUGCACAUUGAGUACAAACUGGUAGCAUGUUACAAUAAGACAAAUGACCUCCCUGUUUGCUCAUUGCAAUGAAACAAAAUGAAGGGUCCAGGCUCGCAAACAUAGCCAACCAACACCUUUGAUGUGUGCCUUUUAAAAGUGCUUUAGAAACAAACAUGCUCAAGCAGUGUGGAAAAAAAGGGGGAGGGGGGGGGGGGGAAUGCUCGUUGCUGUUGUGUGCAAAGAGGGCAUUUAAUAACCCUGUUACUUGAGCCUAUGUAACAGGCCUUAACUUAUGCUUCAGUACUGCCAGUAGCCUCAUUCACAGUGGGAGGCAUGCUGCUCUUUUGCUCUAAAGUUGGGCAAUUUUACUGUCUUUUAUACAGGGUGUCCCAGCUAACUCUUGCCAAAGAUUUAAAGUAUUCAGAUGUGCUAUAGGAGGAUGCGACUAAAGGCAUGUUGUCGACCACUUUGUGAAGAAAUUCAAACAAUUCUUAGUGGAGCAAUCGAACAAUAUUCUGUUUAGUUGCACAAUUAUCCAAGAUUAAUUAACUUCACAUGUCUUAAAAGAAAAAUCUCCAGUGAGGAAUGUAGAGCAUUCUAGGAGACAUCUGGUUCAGCAGGAUUCAACCUCCCACUGAUUAUGCAGUUAUUUUUUCCAUGUCGUAAGAAAAGACCGCGUAAUAUUAUUAAAAAUGUGACGACCCACUUGCAUGCAGCAAUUGCAGUUCUUUCAGUUGGGCAGUGUGUGAACAAACUGCGCUUUUUACGCUAGUACACUGCCAAUGAGAAAGUGACUGGGCGGUGACAAUUUCAGGUUCUUAAUUCUGCUUAUCGCUAUCUGCUGCUUUUGGCAGUGCAGCCGAGAUCAAUUGCUGAAGUUAAUUUUAAAGCUAACGGCUGCAUCUCUGCCUUGUCACAUCCUUAUUGGCAGCACGCUAGGUUAAAAGUGCUAUUGGUCCAUGUGGUUCACAUUUAAGAACACUGCAGUCGCAACGCACAAAUGCAGAACCACGUGGAUUUUUUCAUACUUUUCGGGCGUUCAUUAUAACACUGAAAAAAAAGAAUUGUGCAUUUGGUAGGAAGUUAAAUACUGCUGAAUUAGGCAUUUCCAACAAUCUACAACUUCUUUAUUAAAAGAUUUCUCUAAAUUUAAGACUUGGAAAAUUUAAUUAAUUUGAACUAAUUAUGCAGCUAAACAAAUUCAAAAAAUGAAUUCACUCUAUAAAGUGGCCAACAACAUGCUUUUGGUUGUCUUGUAGCAUACCCAAAUACUUAUAAAUCUGUUGCUAAAGUUAGCUGGGACACCUUGUAUAUAUAGUUCUAAAUUGUGACAGCUCUGGAAACAAGGGUUGUUGAGGAUUCUUUAGUGAGAGCACCCUUGCUUCCUGCUCAAACCUUGGCACUGCUUCAAGUCAUUUCUGUAAGACGUGCACCUUAAAUACUCAUGAUAGGCAGCACUGCAGCUUGCUGUUGUAGUUUAUGCACUGUCUCAGUACAGAGAGCACUGCGUGCUGCCUUUGUUCUUUCUCUGUAGCUGUGUUUUUGUCUCAGGAUCAGUAACUGGUGUUUUUCUUUCUUGAUAAGGGCAUGAACGUUGCCUUUCUUAUUCACUCUUACACCAGUAUUUAUGAUAGUUGCUGUUGCACGAGCUUUGCAAAAGCUUUCUUUUUUUCUCCUGCCUUCCUUUACUGCAUAUUGUAUACUGUCUCUCUAUUCUGUAAUUGCUCAUUUAGGAGUGUCUUUUCCUAUUGCAAUAAUCCUCCCAUGUACUUGAAAUCUUCAGUGUGGUAAAUUAGUUUAAACUACCUUGUUUGCACGGUUAUAAUAAGAAUUCUUGCUAAAAUUUUGAUUCUAACUUUGCACUUCAAACGUGGCGAGCUGAAAUGCCAGUUAAAUGAGCCUUUGUGAGGACAUCAGCCCUUGAAUGGCCUAACAUAGCAAAAAAGGCAACUUGCCUGUGUCUUAAGGGGAAUAAAGACGCUCGAGCAGGGGAGGGCAUGCUUGUCAUAGGAGGCAAGAGCUCAACAAAUUUGCCGGUGAAGAAAGUGAUGGUGUAAAGUGAUUCAACAGCCUGGUCCAAAAUCAUGCACACCCUACAGUCUCAUGUGUAAUCUAUUUUCACAAACGCAGCUACCCGGUGCUUGCAUGUGUGGCCACUUGGGACAUUGCGUCAUGGUCCGGUUGGAAUGUUAUAGUUUGAUAGGUGAUCCGUUAUCACAGUGUUCCUGCAUAGGCCCAGCACCUGUGUUUUGUAUGGGCAGAGGUGGUCCUGUAAAUCACUAAAGUGGAUCACUACACUGAUGCUAUAUUGCCCAUAGUAGUUGGAGUCAAAGUAGGCAUUUUCAGUUUAAAUGGUAACCAUAUUUUAUUCCUCACUUGUGAAAAGUCCCCUUAGCAUUAAAUCUUUCAUGUUAUAGUCGUGCAAAUAUGGUAGUUUGCUUGUAAUUGCAGUCUCCUUGUUUAAACCAGAGUUUGUUACCAUUUGGAUUGUGAAUGUGGUGUUAAUUCUUUAAGCACGAGGAACUCGUCAGGUUAAAGAAAAACAUCGAUUCAAUGUUUAGACUAUUACAACAGCAUUAAGCAGCUUUUUCCUAUUGUUUGUGCUAGGCUUUAAUUCGUUAAUUUGACUGAUUCUCUCAUGUAAAGUCAACCUUUUUCUAUUAAGUAACUUUAACUUCUAGUUCAUUUUGAUGUGUGCUUGUGCUUAACAUUGUACACUUUUUUAUGUGUAUGCAUUGCCCAAAUUUCAGACAGAGCUGUCUGUACAUGGAGGGUGCAGCAGCAAAGGCCUUCAUUGUAUUUUAUGUUGUCGUUGCUACUGUCAAAAGUUAAAUGCAAUAGUUAACAUUUUGUAAGCUCGUCAUUGUUAGAAAUGUGAGAAAGGCAUACUGUAGGGUACACACUUUGCAUGACAAAGGCUGAGCCUUAGUUUUGCUUUUGUUACUAUAUACUGUACAUUGCUGGUACUUCAGGAGGGGUAAACGAAGCUGUUAUGGUAACCAAAAUGUGUUUAUUUCAUUUUUCAUAUAAUGCUGAUAUUCUUUUGUAUGCAUCUUGCAAUGCAGUUGAGGUCAGCUUUUACAAAUUUCAAACUUUUGUCACCAAAGAAUAUAAGAGAAAAGUAAGAAGUGCACCAAGCUGCUGUACCCUCAUGAGAGGUUCAGUCCUUGUUUGUGUAUGUGCAGGACUUCUUUGCUGCCUAAUGUGCAAUUUCUACUGGCUUCUAAGAGGCCUCGCAUAUGGCAGAGAGCUGAAAAGCUACCGUGUUGUUCAAUCAAGUCAAAUUACCGGCGUUAAUGCAGAUGCAAGUCGAGAACAGAUGCAUUUUUUGCCAGACAUCUCGCAGUUUUGUAUGGGGAGCUUCUUCCCACUUUUUUUUUCUUUGCCUUUUGCAAACAAGAUAAUGCACAUCUUGCAUGAAGGAUUUUGUGGGUGCCAACUGUUUUUACAUGAUAUCAACAGCAUUCAGGUUGGCCAGUUUUUAUUGUGCUUUUAGAAAGCGUGUUGCACUUAUUCAUUUUGUGGAGCCUUGUGAUUUUUCCUAUGAGGCAAGGUUGGUUGUACAGAUGUUUGAAGAACACUGCAAUGUGUGUUAGUCAAGACAACAAGGUUGUUCUUGACUGUGUUGAUUACUGGUCUUCCGUUUUAUUACAGGAUGGGUAGGUGUACUUGUAUAUAUGUUUGAAUGUUACUAAAUAAAUUAAUUGGAAUGAU